AUAAAAUGUGCCUCACACUCAAGCAUAAAUAAAACUGCCCCAUUCCAUCCUUCGAUCCCCAUGACCCAGGGAUCUGUUCACCAUCCUGAUUUUCAAUCUGAUUCACAGGUGCUCAGAGGACAGUUAGUCAUUGCCCAUCUCAUGAUAAAUUUAUUACUGUCCUCAGAAUAACUGUGGAAUCCAAAUGUGGAUGAGCUAGAGCAGUGUUUCCCAAUCCAGUCCUCGGGGAGCCACAGACAGUCUACGUUUUUGCUCCCUACCAGCUCCCGGAGCAAAAACUUGGACCGACUGUGGGUCCCCAAGGACGGUAUUGGGAAACACUGAGCUAGAAAACCAGCUGGAAAACAAAGGUCCAGGUGCCCUUUUGUCCCUAGAAAGUACCAUGAAGACACAACUGAGAUGUCACACCCAGCUCUAUGGCUUAGGGAGGCGGUGCUAAGCCAAGUAGAUGUGAUCUGGAGAUCUUCAGAAGACUUGCACAAAGCGGAUGAGAAACAUGAGAGGGAGAUCAUUGAGGCCAUCAAGUCCAACAGGAAGAAACAGGCAGAUCUACAAGAAGAGGAGCACCAGCUGAUGGAACCUUCAGGUGAAGACCUCAGCAAGACCCUGGAGAUAGCAGAGGAGCAAUAUGAACACAUGCAAGCUUCCAGCACUGCUGCAAUAGAAGAAUUGAUGAGAGAAGCUGAAUCUGUAGAAGAGAAGCUGCUGAAGAGAGAGGAGGAACUAAGGGUGCAAGAGUCUGUCCUGAAGGAGGUGGAGGCCAAGCAUGACAUGGAGGCCAAGCAGGACAUGGAGGCCAAGCAGGACAUGGAGGCCAAGCAGGACAUGGAGGCCAAGCAGGACAUGGAUCAGGCUGCCUGGCAGACCUGGAGGUCACACCUUGAAGAGUUGAACUGCAAGAGAAGCCAGCUGGAGAAGUCCGUCCAGCAGCUGACAGAGGACACGGAGGCACUUUUAAAUCCAAAGGAGGACGUAAAACGGAAGAUGAAAAGGCUGAAUGCUCAACAUGUGCAACUGCUGAGAGCACAAGCACUGGAGAAGAGCAGCUACGAGGAUGUCGUGAUGCUGGAACAGGUCAACCUGGAGAACAGCCGGCUGCGAUCAAACAUUAAGGAGAUGAAGGCAGACAUACGCAAUACCAACAGAGAGAGAGAGAGUGGCGGAAUAGAGAAGCAGCGCACCUCCGGCGCGAGCUGCAAUCCUUACACGAAUGUGUCCUGGAUGCCUGGAAAACAGACCUCUUGCUCACGGAGGAACACGCAGAGACCAACCAGACCGUCCUCCAAGCCAUCAACCAGGUUGGGUUAAAGGUGCAAGAGUUGAAGCACAAGGCUGAAGAGCUUGGUGACAAGCUGAGGGUAGAGGUCGAGGGUGCAGCUUCCCUGUUCAGACGUACUGCAGGCAAAUCACAUACCUGGCCAAUCUGAAUGCAUCGAGUUAUGACCAUGAAGCCUAACACCAUAGAAUAGGAUCCCUACCAUAUAGAAUUAGUAUGUCAUGGACAGACAAUCAGCUAAUAAUAAAGCAGUGGUUCUGAAAUCCAGUCCUGGGGACCCACUGUUAUUGACCGACUGAAGUCAUCCCAAACACCAACACCCACACUAGCCCCCCAUGGAUUAGGUU